AUGGCCGAAAACCAGAACCCAACCGCUUCCUCCUCCACCUCUCCCCCACAACUUUCUUUCGACAAGGAAAUCUCAGCACGCAUCGACGAGAUCGACACAGCCUUACAGGAGAUCGAAGCAGAAUUGGAUAAAAUCCCCGACUCCACCGAAAGAAUGCUAGGACAUGUCAGGUCUUCACUUUUGAGAUCAACGCACAUGUUUAGUGCUAUUUUAUUGGACUAUGCGAAGAUGGAUUCAGAUAACCGGUCGAAGUGCCACAAAUCAACUUUCGAGAUCGAAAGGCUUCAUUCUUUAGUCAAAGACCGUUUCGCUGAAGUGAACAGAUUUCGGGUGUAA